GCUGAGUUAUUCCUGAUGCUUCUUUUAGGCUCUGCUAUUGGGUUCAGGUUGGAUAGCCUCCUUAAACUUACUGAAACACGUGCCCGGAACAACAAGAUGACUCUCAUGCAUUAUCUUUGUAAGGUGCUUGCUGAUAAACUUCCUGAACUUCUUGAUUUUUCAAAAGAUCUUGCCAGCUUGGAAUCUGCGUCAAAGAUACAACUGAAAUUUUUGGCAGAGGAAAUGCAAGCCAUUAGCAAAGGACUGGAGAAAGUUGUACAGGAAUUGUCCAUGUCUGAAAAUGAUGGUCCUGUUUCAGAAGAAUUCUGUAUGGUAUGAACAAUUAAUAAGUAUAAUUUCAUGGUGUGAACAUUAAU